UCAUUGUCAGAGAGGAAAUUGAAUUGUUAAAGGAAAACAUUGAACAGAAUGGUUUGGACACAGAAAACAAACUAGAAGAGCAUGAAGAAAAUAAUAAAAGUUUGCACAAUGAACUUGCUAAAAAGGACAGGCAGCUCAAGACAGUGGAAACAAAGCUGAACAAUCUGAAGAAGCAAAUGGAAAAUAAGAGCAAAUCUCACGAAGAGCUGCAGCAAGAGAUUAAGAAUUUAAAAAGAAAAAUUGCAACAGAAAGCAAAGAGUGCAGUCAAUUUGAAGCUGAGGUAAAUGAAUUAAAAAUGGAGCAUGAAAAUGUGCAAAGACAGCAUGAUGAGGAAAUGAAGAAUCUUAAGAAGGAUUUUGAAGCCAAAGUGGUUUCUGAAGCUGAACUUUAUGAGGAGUUACAGAAGCUAAAGCUUACAGCUGAUGAAGCAGUAAAAAAACAGAGGGAAACUGAAAUCAAAUGUCAGCACAAGACAGCCGAAAUGGUUACUUUAAUGGAAAAGCACAAGAACCAGUAUGAUAGGAUGGUGGAAGAAAAAGAUGCUGAACUGGAGCAGCAGAGGAAAAAAGAAAUGGAAAAAAUUGCAAAUAAAACUUCACUGGAACAGGAAUUGUCCCGAAUCAAUAAUGAACUGUCAUAUUUCAAACAACAACUUCAAACUGUGACAAAAGAAAAGGAAAAGAUAGAAAAAGAAGCCAAAGUAUUGAAAGAAAAUAUCGAGUCUUUGAAAGAAAAACUGAAAAAGAGGGAUAUUAUGGAACAAGAAGUCAAAAUCUUACAGGAGAACCUGGAGUCUAAAGAGGAAAAGACUAAGAAAAAGGACACAUACCCCCAAAAGAGCAAUUUUAGUUCAGGGAGCAGAAAGACUACUCCUUGUGAUAAAACUGCGAGGAGCGCUUUGCUGGAACCUCCAAAUAAAGGAGAAAAGGCUGAAACUGUCAUGUGCACACCUUUAUGGACCCCAGCCAGAAAAAUGCAAGCUACUCCGAACGUAAAGACUUACACAAUACGGACACCCCCUCCUUCUGCUGGGCAGUCAGUGCAGAGAGGAAGAUUCACCCCAAUGGUCGAUGAAGCAUUAAAGAAAAAGAGAAAAGUUGCCCUGGAUCUUGAUAUGCAGUCUGACAGCUCUGAGCAGAGUGAUUUGCUGAGCGUUUCCACAGAAGUUGAUACAUUUAAAAGCUUAUAUAACAGUGAUCCUCAUGCUCUGCGCCUGUGUGGUGAAAUUGGCAAAACGGAACAUUUUGCAGUAAAGUCUCCUGGUAUGGCUCUGAAACAAGCAGCUGUUAAAAGGAUGCGUGAGGCAGGGUGGGCAGCAGUUACAAAUCCAGAUAGGAAGAGGAAAAUGAAGGCAGCUGAAAAAAUCUGAUUAGUGACAUUUAUUGCAUGUUUAAAUGACCAAUAGUAUGAAUUGUGUUGUGUUAUACUGUUUAAGGUUUGCUCAUAAAAUAAUUUAAAAUUGCUUUAAAACUUAACGUUCCAUUUAAAUGGGUAUUUUUUAUAUUAACAGCUUAAGUUGUUUACCAGUAAGUGUGUAACAGCUGUUAAAAAUUCCCUGAAGAAAAAAUAGAAGUGUUGUGUUUUUUUUGCAGGUAUGUAGUUUGAUAAUUGUUUGCUUCUCAUUUGCAUGAAAUGAAUAAACUGACCAAAUCUAGACAUUUAUUGCAUGUUUAAAUGCCCAAUAGUAUGAGAAUGUUGUUGUUUUAUACUGUUUAAGUUUGCUCAUAAAAUAAUUUAAAAUUGCUUUACAACUUAACGUUCCAUUUAAAUGGGUAUUUUUUAUAUUAACAGCUUAAGUUGUUUACCAUUAAGUGUGUAACAGCUGUUAAAAUAACCCUGAAGAAAAAAAAAAGUGUUGUGUUGUUUUUGCAGUUCUGUAGUUUGCUAAUUGUUUGCUUCUCAUUUGUAUGCACUUCAUAAAUGAAUAAACUGGCCAAAUCUAGAAUUUAAAAUAAUAUCACAAUGAUUUACUGUACAGGACUUUUAGUUUUAAAAAAAUUAAAAUGUUGCAUUUCUGAAA